CACCCAUUUUUACCGCUCGUUGGCCUGGCGGGCGAGGCUCUGGCACUUGCUCGGCCCCGAUCAGAAAGCUGCAACUGGCAGAAAGCGCCGCGCGCGAUAGAAUCCGCGGGCCGCUCUGUAGAUUACAUGAAGACUCUGGCGCUGCGACCCUGCAUGUAUGGCCCCCAACACUACUGUUUUGAGCAGCGCGGCCCCGCGCCUUCGAACCUCAAUCAAUGAGGCGCAGCGCAACGGGCCCGGGAUGGCCGCGGCAAUGAUGGCUGCCAUGCGACACAUUCGCAACGCGCGUCCUGAUCAACCCGCGACUUGUCAUUGGAAUAACAACUUCUCAACAGGCGCGAGGGCGUCUCGCCCCCUGCCGAGAGAGAUCCCCGGGGAACUCUGCGGAGCCAGGCGCGCCCGCGGCGUCGCUUUUGGCGCCCAGGCCAGCGGCAGCUCGGCCGCGUGGCCCUCGACGCCGCCCGCGCGGGGGCUGGGCCCGGGCCGCUUCGAGCCGCGGGCGGACCGCGGGCGGCAGUCGAAGGUAUGGAGGCCUCUCAGAUGGGGCACGGGGAGGGUGCAGGCAUCCCGCGCAGUGAGGACGGUGCCAAUGAGCUCGCCGCCGAACUAAAACGAUGCCAUCUACACAGGAGGAGGAGGAGGAGGAGGAGGAGGAGGGGAGGGCACGGGAGGGAAGAUCGCGGCCUCGGAGCCGGUCUCUCACCGUCGCUGUCGAGCGCGCGCACAAAAAUGUAGACAAAUCAAUGCACGUCAAAGGCCUUGAAACUGAGCGGCCGCAUUGAAAAGGGGCCGGCCACACGGCCAGCGCCAAGCUCCAAAGAGUUCAUGCCUGAGGGCAUGGCAGGGCCCCGGAUAAUGCUAGCAAGCGAUGAAGAACAAGUCGGGCAGGGACCGAUG